GCGGCGGAGCGGAGGAUGAGCGAGCAAGGGAAGGGCUCGGCAUCCGCCUCUGCCGCGGCCCCGGCACCAGGGUCGGAUACUUACAAAGGCUGGCUUUUUAAAUGGACGAACUAUUUGAAAGGCUACCAGCGGCGAUGGUUUGUCCUCAGCAAUGGCCUGCUCUCAUAUUACAGGACGCAGGCGGAGAUGGCCCAUACGUGUCGUGGAACAAUCAACUUGGCCACGGCUCACAUCGACACAGAGGACGCCUGCAAUAUUGUCCUGAGCAGUGGUGGCCGCACUUACCACCUGAAGGCUAGCACAGAAGUGGAGCGGCAGAGAUGGGUCACAGCGCUGGAGUUGGCCAAAGCUAAAGCCAUCCGCAUGAUGAACGAUCAAUCUGAUGACUCAGGGGACGAGGAGCCCACAUCCCAGUCGGACCGCAGCGAGAUUCAGGGUACCCUGAAGAUACUUGUCAGCAAGCUCGAUGACCUCAGCACGUGUAAUGACCUGAUCGCCAAGCAUGGGGCGGCCCUGCAGCGUUCCCUGAGUGAACUCGAGGGCCUGAAAGUCCCCGUGGAGGGAGGGGAGAAGAUCAAGGCAGUCAACGAAAGGGCCACCCUCUUCCGCAUCACUUCCAAUGCUAUGAUCAAUGCGUGUCGAGACUUCUUGGACCUAGCAGAGACUCACAGUAGGAGGUGGCAGCGGGCCCUGCAGUAUGAGCGAGAGCAGCGCACUCACCUAGAGGAGACCAUUGAGCAGCUAGCCAAGCAGCAUAACAGCCUGGAGCGAGCGUGGAGAGAAGCACCCACGCUUGUUUCCAGCGCACCCAGUGCCCCUACCACCAACAAGGGAAGUGAGAGGCCACACAAAGAAGAGGCAAGUGAUGAAGAUGAGGAUACUGAGUAUUUUGAUGCCAUGGAGGACUCCCCUGCAUUCAUCACAGUGACCGCCACUGAGAACACACAGCACAGACGAUCUCAGAGUAAUUUGAGCGGAGCGAGCGGAGGUCACCCCAAUGACUGGAACCAGGACGACCAUAUGUCUCCCAGCUGUAACGAUGUGUCAGGGAAGGAGCUGCAGCCCCGCAGACAGAGGCGGACUCAUAUCCCAGACAAGCCCAACUACUCCCUCAAUUUAUGGAGCAUCAUGAAGAACUGCAUUGGCAAGGAGCUCUCUAAAAUCCCCAUGCCUGUAAACUUCAAUGAGCCCCUGUCAAUGCUGCAGCGUCUCACUGAGGACCUGGAGUAUCAUGAGCUUCUGGACAAGGCAGCACGCUGUGAGUCCUCCCUGGAGCAGAUGUGCCUGGUUGCUGCCUUCUCGGUCUCCUCUUACUCCACAACAGUCCACCGGACAGCGAAGCCCUUCAACCCCCUCCUGGGCGAGACCUACGAGCUCGAUCGCCUGGAAGAGUUCGGCUACCGCUCGCUGUGUGAGCAGGUGAGCCAUCACCCCCCUGCAGCUGCACAUCAUGUGAUUUCCCAACGAGGCUGGACCCUGUGGCAGGAAAUCACCAUUGCCAGCAAGUUCCGCGGCAAAUACCUCUCCAUAAUGCCUCUGGGUGCCAUUCACCUGCAGUUCCAUGCCAGCGGGAACCACUAUGUGUGGAGAAAGGUCACCUCCACGGUGCACAACAUCAUUGUGGGCAAGCUGUGGAUUGACCAGUCGGGGGACAUUGAGAUUGUGAAUCACAGGACCAAGGAGACCUGCCAACUCAAGUUCUCUCCCUACAGUUAUUUCUCCAGGGACGUUCCACGGAAGGUGACAGGUGUGGUGUCAGACAGUGGUGGCCAAGCUCACUACAUCCUCUCCGGUACAUGGGAUGAUAAAAUGGAGAGUGCCAAGAUCAUUCAGAGCAGCCGAGGGGGCAGUGGAUCAGAGGGCAAGCAGAAGACCGUCUAUCAGACUUUGUCCCCCAAACUGCUGUGGAAGAAAUACCCUCUCCCGGAGAACGCUGAUAACAUGUACUACUUCUCUGCGCUGGCACUGACCCUGAAUGAGCUGGAGGAAGGAGUGGGACUUACCGACAGCCGUCUGAGACCAGACCAGAGGCUGAUGGAGGACGGGCGAUGGGAUGAAGCAAACUCAGAAAAACAGAGGCUAGAGGAGAAACAAAGAGCUGUGAGAAGGAGGAGGGAAGCAGAGGCCUCAGACGCUCUGGAUGAAGGUAAAGAAUAUGAAGGCUACCAGCCGUUGUGGUUUCACCAGAGGAGGGACUCAGUCACUGGCGAAACAAACUUUGUGUACAAGGGAGGUUACUGGGAGGCAAAAGACAGACAAGACUGGAGCAUGUGUCCUGACAUCUUCUAACCCAGGAACUGACCCCGGAUCACACCUAACCUCAUCGGACAGGGAACUGCUCAGCCUCUGGUCCUUACGCAUUCAGGCGUAGUUGGCUUAUGAGCUCUAUGUGGACCUUUGUGAGCAUGAGAAUGUGUAUGUUUCACACACUCUCGGAUUACACUGUACCUCCAAAUGUACACUCUCACUCUGUUUUCACUAUGGGUUAAAAGAAGGGGCGUUCCCUGGGUAGUCCUCUUUUACACUAUACUGAAACAGCAGUGAGGUAAUGUGUGGAUGUGAGAUAAUGAAGAUGUAACAUCACACAAUAAAGGCACCUGUGCACUCCCUAUCACUGACAACUAACAGGACAAAAUCAUAAAGAGGCACACAUCAGUAUUUCAGUGGUUACAAGAAAAACGUGUCCUCAUACUCAGUUUUCUUUAGCACAAUUGCGAUUAUGCUAGGCCUACUUUAUAAAUUUUAAAUUGGUUCCCUCUUUUCUCUUCAUAGGAAUGAUUUCAAGUGCUUAUAUUUGCCCCUUUUGGUUGCUUAAAGAUAGAGCCUCAGUAUGAUAUCUGGUAAUUUCUGUCUCUUAGGUUUUGUAAAAUAUUAUGGAGACCCAAAGUGUUUUAAAUUAAAAAAAAACAAAAAACAUCACCAUAUUAAUAACUACAGACAAUGUAAUAUAACCAUAAAAUAGUGAAAGAAUCAACUACAUUUUUAGAAAUUAACUCAUUUUAUAAAAUGUCAUUUCUUGCUGCUUAUUAGGAGCAAUGGAGUUUAUUUCCAUUUUAUUUAAUUACAACUAUGUUACUUUAAUUUUUUCCCAUAAUUCCACUUUUUUUUUAUCAAAAAAUCUUUAUCUGUUAGUCAAGACAAACAGGGCAGAGCCAAUUAUUUGCUCUUUCUUUAAUCUAAUUGACAUUACCAAAUGAAAUGGUCAUUGGGAAAAUUAAAAUAAAUGAAAUAAAUACAGACUUUGGAAAAAAAUACAUUUUGAAAUAAAAACUGCUAAAAAGAAAACCAACUGACUGCAAUAAACUAAUUUAAGUGUGAAAAUGAUUUAUUCUCAAAUUAAUAUGAUUGCAGUUUUAUUGUAGUUAUAUACUUUAUCUGUAUUUAUUUAUAUGAUUAUUUAUUUGGGUCUCCAUAAUCAACAGCUAUUUUUGAUUGGGCAAAUGAUCUCCUUCUUAUAAGGUAGAGGCUGGUUUAUCUGAAGUGGUAAAAUAUUUAGCAAUGCAGAAAUAUGUUUUAAUAUGUUUUAUUUGUUGUGAAUGUAGGGGUCUCCCUAUAGGUACAUGCAAUUAGUCUGUUCAAUAGUCAGUUAGAAUGUAGUCCAUGUAGUGAUAAUAUUGGCGGCUUAUCCAUUGCAUACUUUGAAUAUGAAAUGCCUCUGUGCUUAAUGCAUUUCAGUCAUCUAAACAUACUUCAGACAUCUUCCAUUUGUGAUUCUGAUUAGCAAAAUUCUACAGUAGUCAGUCCUUUAGUUGUAACACAUUAGUGCAAAUGCAACAGUACAACAUUAAACUUCAAAACAUUCAUAUCACUCUAACAGGAAUCUCCAUCAAAUACCUGAAUACGCACUUUUCACUGUGGUUGACCAUAGGUUAGCACAUAUCUCUGUGUUGAUGUUGAUGUUGAGACUUUACCUUGUCUUCUGGUGCUCUCCCAUAGCAACACAUACUGUAUCCUUAGUGACCAUUUUGACUGACAUCAUUCUCAGUGAUCGUACAAAGUACUAAGUCUGCGCCAAAUCACUGAGACAAUCAGUCAUUGCCACCCAGUGCAUCCAGGAACAUGUUGGUUCCUAUAGUGUGCAUUGCACUAGCUCCUCCCAUCAAUCACUAAUUUGUAGUUCAGAUGUUUGCAGUGGGACUACACUACGUGAGACUGGAGUGGUUUCUCAUAGGAGUUCACAGUGGCUUCAGCUGAGGUCAGGAAGUCAGGGCUGGUUCCUGUAACACACCACUGUGCAGUCAGCUUUAGCCACAGAGGACUCCCCCAGCUGCUGCUCCAGACUCACCAGAGCUCACAUGUAGUUCUUUCAUUCAGUGUUUGUGGACACGCUGAUCUGGGAUCAGCUCACGAAGGUACCCUCAGUCUUUUGCCUUUAAUUGACUGAACAAGGGAAAUAGUCCUCUGACCUGUGCACUACAUGUCUACGGUGACAAGAGUUACAGUGACAAAACCAGUUAGUAUUUUUUUGUAAUUAUUGUUAGGAAUGUAGAAUUCAAGGCUGGAGGUAUUGUAUCUACCGUCUGGUCUAUUUGUGUGAAUAUUUUGUGAUAAAAGAAUGAUAUUGUAAAAAUUAAGAAUAAUUAUACUAAUCAGAGUAUUAAGUUAUCUGUACAGCAUAGUUCAAAUUUGAAAAAUUGACUGAAUGAGCCUGAAGGAUUUGCUGUAAUUUUAAUUUUUAAUCCAGAUUAAUUCUGUGAAGAUGGAAGUUAAUCCUGAGGCACCUGCAAUCUGGCUGCAGAUUCAUCUUUUAUACUUCCAUAAACUGUCUUAACACACUGAAAAUAAUUUUUAUAGAGUCCUUGAUACUAGCACAUUAGUAACUGUGGUUCAGUUAUCAUUUCUUCUGAUGUGGAGGGCAUGAAGAUGUGUAAAAUGCACUGGAAAAGAAAUUCAUUAACAGUAGAGUUCCCCUCCAUGCUGAGUGUUUGGCUGAUAGAGAUUUUCAGUAGUAUAAUAUGAGCUCUUAAAGUGUAAACUGUUUAUCUGUGAGAUUCUUUACCAGUGAAUUAAUGAAAUGAAAUGAUUGAUGAUUGAUGUUUUUUUGCACAAAAGAUGCUUCUUUUACCCAUUUCCAUAAAAGGUUUUGAUUCA